CGGAAUCUCAUUUGGGGUCGAGGACCUCUGUACAAUAUGCGUCACGCGACGCGAGCGCACAAAGUACUAGUCCCGGAUGCAGCAUUGCGCCCAUACGUGGCGGUAGAACAAUGCACCUCGGGGCCCCACUCUGGCAGCUCACUGGCUGAGGAAUUAUUGAUGCUUGAUGGAGCGCAAAUCGACGAGGAGUCAGGCGUGGCUGCUUCAGCUUCUAGGAGUGAGGGGUCGAAGCUUCAAGGCACCGAGCAUUCGGCUCAUGCUGUGACAAAGACUUCCAGACGUGGGAAAUUUUUGCAGGAUAUAUGUGGACUGAAGAGCAUGCUCGUUGGCAGCAAAGCAGAUGUCCCAACAUCUGACUUAAGAAGCAACUUUGCCAAUCCUGAUACGACUGUUUACGGCAAUCCAUUUUCGCCAUAUUUCACGGAUUCUCGGAGAAGCGUCGUUAUUGGAAACUCAUAUCUUCUGGACUCUUCUAGCAGAGGAAAUACGGUUCUCGACGACAAGAACGACAUGGAUGAGGAGUACCUAUCGAGCCAGGAAUUUGAAGAAGCGGAGCGGGAGCUAUAUGCCACUACGCGUGAUAAGAACCGGCACGCAUUCGUACGUACAGACCUUGUAGCGACCUCGAGAGAAAGCGCUCAUUUGUUUGUGGAUUUUUACAGAGACUACUUAGAGUAUGAAGAGUGGCGCGCAUAUAGUCUACCUGGUGCUCGGAAAGUCGAUUUCCUCUGGAGUCUCCCUGUCUGCCGACUCCCGGAACCCUCCGCCGGCUUUUUGGAGGGCAUCAGAGGCGCACUUGACGGAGAAGUCAGUGCGAGGACGAGGAAAAAAUCAGACAUAGCGAAGAUAGACGUACUAGGCACUCGGCCAGAGGCAUAUACGAAGGCUUUGUUGGAAGCCUUCCUUACAAAUCUGGUGAGCCGUUUUUUUUCAGACUUGACAGAAGGAGCAGAGGACUGUGGUGAAGCAGCUGAAAAAUCUGAUCCAUCUCAUGGUGUUGUUGAGCAGAUAACUGCCCAAAGUAGAACGGCUAUCCUUGGGAUUCUUAGACGUCUCGUUUCUGGAGUUAUCGAUAGUCAGCUUACUGCUGAUAUUGAAAAUUUUGGACCACGGGAAGGACUUCGUAAACUCUUUACAUGGAUCAUGCGAGUUUACGGCUUUAUUGGUGUGCCCGUCCGCCCACUGGAUCGGGGUCCAGAUUGGAACGUGCGUUAUACCUUGAUAGAUCCUAACGCUGUCGAAGUUUCAAUCGCGCCGUAUUUAGGAAAUAGGAUGAAUAACGGGGGCGACGACCCACCUGUUGGUGAUGAGGUCAAAGAUAAGAGAAAUGAACUCCAACAUCAAGAAAUAGGAGGUCUCGAAGAUGGAGGCCAAGCAUAUUCUGCUCUUUGCGUUCCGCCAUCUGAUAAGUAUUUGCUACCAGCUUUCACUACCGCCACCAAGAAACGCGAAAGGAUAUCAACAGAGGACCUUGCUCGUCGUACGGAAGAGGCGGAGGUGCCCCGCCCUCUUCCAGUACCCGGGAUCUCCGCGUAUUACGGGAGUAUCGUCAUUUCCUCACCAGAAAGCAAGCUGAAAACAUCCUACGUGUAUCCUGUUCACCAAGAACCGCUUCCGGAAUUCCUGGAAACCGCUAUUGAACUCGAAAACGAAGGUCAUAGACGGAGUGCUUUAAAAGCUGCAGCGUUGCGUUCUGGACGGGCUUCCACCUCAUCUGUGUUAUUUGGAAAAAGUAGUACUAGUGUGGAGCGCAGUACAUCUCCUUCUCCAUCAUCAAGCGAUAGCGAAGAUGAUAAUGAUAAAGGAAGUACAUCAACAACUAGUUCAACAUCUUCCCAACAUCCUUUGAGGAGAUAUCAUCCGUUACUACCGCUGAGUCGGCCUAAAGCUUUGAUCUUCGAUCGUCCACCAGCAUAUCCACGGCGCAUCCUAAAUCUGGAGAAUGUAGCACACUUUUUACUGCGGAAAUUCGGGACGAGUUUUGAUUGGCACGUUGUGAAUGGGCUAGAACAGUUUUCUGGCGCCGAUCAGAUGCGACUUUUUGCCCAGUCGUCUCUUGUGUUAUGGCUUCCAAGGAUCAUCCAUAAUUAUGCUUUAUUUGUAAUACCUUGACGUCGACAUGCUCAAGAGCACACGACAUCAUCGCCAAAUAUGAUUACGUUGACACGGCAGGUGACCUGCCGUGUCAUGCUUCUGGUAUUUGGUAACAUGAAUUUGAUGACUACAAGGAUUCUCUUCUUGUUUUCCUUAUGAUCAAGAUCAGACUAGUGACUACCAAAUACCAGAGCCAUUCAUUGCGACUCUUUUGAUUUAAUCUAAUAGCCAUUGGCGCAACCGGGACCAGCAUGCACUUUCUUUUAGCCAUGCGUGACGACGAGAAAAAGCAUCCAAAGGGGACGAAAAUUGACGAAAGAGGAUUCCAUGACCCUGCUGCUGAGGACGCUCGUCAAGGCCACGAACAACUGAAGAUGAAACACGAGGAGUUACUUCCGCUCCUGACGCACACGGAAUCGCUGAGACGCGGCAUUCGACCGACUGUGAUUGAGUUUGCGCCUCUCCAAUAUAAACCGCGAGACCUCGAGUACUACGAGUGCAACGACAACUUUUUCUUACGGCUGACCACAAUCACUUUCACUUGGAGUUGGACUUCAUGCAGCGUUGAUUAACAGGCAAGAUGGAUAGUAUGAAAUGUAGUUCUAAAUGAAUGCAAAUGUAAAAUCUAACUCUGAUAUUAAAUCCACUAUUUCAUUUCAUUAAAUGGUACUUUCUCAUGAUUUCACCAUGGUUAAUCCACGAUCUCAAUCAGGUGGCUUUUUUACCUACUUAUAUCACCAGGACAUCAGCUCUAAUGCCUCUUGACAAGUAUUCCUGGAUUGGGGGUCAGGCUCGGCAACAACAAAUCCGGCACAUAUGCCUACGUGCUCAGGCAGUCUUCGAAUGGGAUACGUUCUCCAAGGCAGAUAGUUUUUUACGGUUUGGCUGUUGUAGAUUUUUAGAAUCCGAGAUAGAAUGAAGAAUUAUCUUUAUCAUCUUCAUCGUCAUCCUCAUGAACAUGAUUAUUAGCGUCGCCAUCCUUGCCACAUGGUGGGAUGUAGCCUUCGCGUUUCUACUUGAGAAGCUACUUCCUCUAAGCUCCGGCCGCGUGGUUUCUCAGUCACGCUCCCAGUGGAGGCAGGCGCAUUUGCGAGUCACGAAUCUGACGCAGCUGGAGAACAUUAUAUCAGAUGUCGUCUUGAAGGAGGUGGUUUCGCAGUGGUGAUCGUCUUGUUGACCGUUCUCCUUUUAUUCUAGACCAAUUGAUUUUCCUGCUCUUGUAUUUGUAAAAGUAAAUAUCAUCCAUCGGUCUUGCCGCUAGAAAAGAAACAGACGAAAUUUGUUAUGAUGACAAAUCUAAAUAGCGCUAGCGGGAGCGUGCGCAGUACUUGUUGGAUAAAAGUUUGAGUACCUGAAGAUAUGAAGGUGCGCCAGGGGAAAAUAAUAUCAACGCAAGCAAAUACUGAAGAUUCUUUGUGCUUACCACGCUGCUUACUCAACGUCAAGAAUGGAAUUGACGCAUUAUAUCUGCCUCGUUCGGGGUCUAGGAUGAUCAUUUUCUCCCGACGCCAGCAAGAGAGCGACAUUUUGGCGCAUGAUCUAGAUAGGCCAUUUACAUUUAGAGGGUUGUGAUCCUGGGUAGCGUUAGCGAGCUAUAUGGGAACAAGCGUCCCCGAACGGCCAGGGUGGUGAUCUUCAUGUGGAAGAUCACGAGUGGGUCUUCGGGAUUCGGGCAUAAAAGCUUUUGCCUUUGAAAAAUUGAAAUUGAUUUCUGAAUCACUCAAGUAGUAGUAGUAGUGAGAGACUCUGAAUCUGAAAGAUGCUCAUACCCAUUGUAU